AUGGACAUAGUAGAGAACAAUGAUAAACUGAAAGACGAGCUGAAGGAAGAAGAUCUCACCUUUAUUCAGGAGUUGAUAAAGGGAGUUCAUACUUCAGCUGAAGAGGACGGAGGCAGGACUGAGGACAAGGCUUUCCUGUAUGAGAUCGUGGUAAAUCAAUGGAAUGGCAUUGAUGUGCGCAAAUGGGACUAUUUUGCACGAGACUGUCAUCACCUCGGCAUCCCAAACAGCUUUGACCAUCAGCGUCUGCUGAAAUCUGCUCGUGUGUGUGAGGUGGACAAGAGAAAACACAUCUGCUUCAGAGACAAGGUGGCUGAUAAUAUAUGUGACAUGUUUCACACCAGAUACACUCUGUACAGCCAGGCCUACCAGCACAAGAUCGUCAACAUCAUCGAAGAGAAGUGUGUUUACACUGAUUGUACUCCAGUUUUAAAAUAUGUUUGUGCUCUUCUAGUUCAGUGCUGCUUAAGUUGCUCCAGUUUUAAAAUAUGUUUGUGCUCUUCUAGUUCAGUGCUGCAGAAGCCCUCAUAG